GGCUCUCUUCCUCUCUUUUACUUCAUCUUCUCUCAGAUAAGCCAUCCGUUACUCACCUGCAGCUGAUCUUUAAGCCACACUGCAGCCCCAACAUGAGCAUGCGGAAACUAAGUUUCAAGUGGUUCGGCAGCCUCACCAACCUCUCUUUCCGCCGCUCCAGCGACAGAGCUGAGUCCAACUCUUCGAAGUCGGGGUGUCAACCUGGAGACGGCAGUGACUGCGCCGCGGCCCCCACACGGGCCAUGCUUCCCGUCGCUGAAGCCACGGUGGACGACCUUGUUUCCAUGCGCCCCCGCACAUCCAGCUACGUCUGCUCCAGUGACAGCUAUACGCACGUGGGCACGCUGCCGCGGCUGCUGAGGAAGAAGAGGGACAAGAGUAACAAAGGCCCCAGCAGCGGUAAGAGGGGUAAAGACACGAGCAGCAUCGGCAGAAGCCAGAGCCAGCGACCCGCAGGGGACCAAGACCGAACCACAGCCGUGUCAUCCAGAGUGGCUGGGGAUGGGGCUGCCGUGAAAGCCGGCUCUGGGAUCAGCCAGGACCCCCCCCCUGAGCCCGAGCCCGCGCCCGCAGGUGGGGUCAGUGCCACGAGCACGUGCCAAACACGCACCCAAACCGUCGCCUCUGGACCCGCGGGGGUCCGUGAAGAUGCGUCGCCAUCUGGUGGCUCGAGUGCUGCACAGCUGCAACCAGAGACCCGCGACGAGCGGGAAAUCGCCCGGUCAAGUGCGGACUUGAGCCCCGGGCGGACUUCAUCACCUCCGCCCCGCCGGGGCAGCGAUCCGACUGAGACCGGUGAGGACGACGGGUUGGAGUCCGGGCUCGCGUCCAAAGCAGUGGAGGUCGCAGAGAGCACAGAGCUGACCGGAGGAGCAGAGGAGGGAAACCGAAGCUCUGACAGCAUUUACAGCCACAUGGAGCCAGCAGAAAGCCAGGCUGAGUAUGUCCAGUUCUCCAAGGAGAAGUACCUGCUGGAGUCUCCUCCCGAGAAACUUCGUAAGGAGCUGGAGGAGGAGCUGAAACUGAGCCCUGCAGACAUCAGGAGCCAUGGCUGGUACCAUGGACACAUACCCAGAGAGGUGUCAGAGACUCUGGUUUUGCGUAACGGAGAUUUCCUGGUGCGUGACUCUCUGACCAGUGUGGGUGACUAUGUUCUGACUUGUCGAUGGAAUAAUGAGGUGCUGCACUUCAAGAUUAGCAAAGUCCUGGUCAAAUCCAGUGAGACCAAGGUGCAGUACAUGUUGGAGACUGACAGUUUUGACUCGGUCCAGGAGCUGGUGCGGUUCUACAUAGGCCAGCGCAAACCAGUCUCCCAGUCCAGCGGUGCCCACAUCUACUGUCCAGUCAGCAGGACUCUCCCUCUGCGCUACCUGGAGGCGACCUUCGCACUGUCCAACAGCAAACAAGGCUCGGCCUACUCACCGUCCAGUCAGAGGGGAGCAUACAUCAAGAGAAGGAGUGUCACCAUGACUGAUGGGCUGACGACCGAGAAAAUGAUACCUCACAGUGACUCAGACAGUCCCAGCCCGGUUGAGACACCAGUGGCACCACCAGAACCAGAGCCGGAGCCUGUGCCCCACUGCAGCCCAUCGACAAUCCACCACCACAAAGACGCAAUGCGGAACUGUGCAAUGAGCAUGGAUCAGAUUCAGGAGUAUCGCUGCCCCUUGUCACCUGUCGGGGAAACCCCACUGUCUCCUGCGUAUAGUGCUAUCACCAGGCAGCGAGCCCACUCAGGCGGGCGGGUCCUGGCUGUCGUCCCACCCUCCCCGGCGAUGCGUCGCUCCAGCGACCCACAGCUCAGCCCCUCAGCUAGCAACAACCCUCCCGAGCAUCCCGCGCAUACCUCUCACUCGGUGCACUCCUCACCCGCCCAUCAUCCCAGCUACCAAUCACAUUCCUCAGAAACAGCAGGGAGCUACUGUGACCUCAGACCUUGCCCUGCCGGGCCCCCCAAGCCACCGGCUAAGAGCUACGUGGAGCGAUUGCGAGUCGAGGAAGGGAGGAAGGAGGAAGCGAGGGAGGAAGGAGAGGGGAUGUUCUGUGCCCCACAGGUGGAAACAACAUCCUCAUUCAAGCCAUCCAGGUACGAGUCUUGCCUUAUGCCAGCUGAGAAUAAGCCUCUGGAGAUGUCGGUGUUGAAGAGAGUCAAAGAGCUGUUGGCUGAGGUGGAUGCAAGGACCGCAGCUAGACACAUCACCAUGGUGGACUGCACGGUGGCUAGAAUACUGGGCGUAACCUCAGAGAUGCAAAGGAUGAUGGGAGUGUCCUCAGGGCUGGAGUUACUGACACUUCCACAUGGACACCAGCUGAGACUUGACCUACUGGAGAGGUUCUACACCAUGUCAAUCAUGAUGGCAGUGGACCUGCUAGGCUGUACGGGAAGCACAGAGGAGAGAGCGGCCCUGCUCCAUAAGACCAUCCAAUUGGCAGCCGAGUUGAAAAGCAACCUGGGCAACAUGUUUGGCUUUGCCGCUGUGAUGAGAGCCCUGGAGUUGCCACAGAUUUCCCGCCUGGAGCAGACGUGGGUGACAUUACGGCAGAGACAUACAGAGGGCGCUAUUUUAUAUGAGAAAAAACUCAAACCUUUCAUGAAGAAUAUGAACGAUGGCAAAGAGUCUAGUGUUCUGUCCAACACCUCCUUCCCCCACAUCAUUCCCGUCCUGUCCCUAAUGGAGCGAGGCGUGGCUCUCGGGGAGGCGCUGGAGCCGUGGGAGAGUGCCGAGGUUGGAGUAGACGUGGUCAUGUACCACCUAGAGGCCGCUCGUACCAUCGCACACCACGGGGGAAUCUACAGAACCAACACUGAGACCAAACUGCAGGGUUUCCAGGAGCGAGCAGAAAUACACGAGAUCUUCCAGACGGAGUUUCAGAUGCGUCUCCUGUGGGGCAGCCGCGGCUCUGAGGGCAGCCAAUCAGAGCGUUACGAGAAGUUUGACAAGGUCCUCACUGCCCUAUCACACAAGCUAGAGCCUCCUGUGCGCCACAGCGAGCUAUAGCACCUACCCAAACGCCCGGCAUCGAAAAAACACCCCCAUCUGCACUCACCACUCAUAGUGGUACGGUCUUGUUUUGCAUCGCAGAAGAUGAUGUGGAAGAGUCCAGUAUGAACGCUGGGAAGGAUGAGAGCGAACGAAGAGGCAGCUAAAAGAGCAUGUGCAUUGAGCACUAGGAAUACAGAAAAGAGGGUUACUCACUUAUAACAUUGUGUUGCACUGACUGUGGUCUCCAAAUAAGGCAUGGAGUUCCUUCUGUUCCUCCCUGUGGACUUCCUUACGUAGCCCUAAAAUAUUUAAAUGGCAACAAAGAGGAGACAAGCUAAGUAGAAAAGAAUGGAGGAGACAGGUUAUGCGCUCCUCUGCUUGGUAGAAACAGUAACACGUGUACGGUGUGCCCCGAGGGCCAAACAGAACUGCAGAGUUUGACUUUGCUCCAAUAAGACAGACACUCUCUAGUUUCACAUUUUCUGACAACAAACAACAAAUGACAACAAUAACUUACAUAGCUCAUAUAUAGAUAUUUUGUCUGUGUGAAUGAGAGAGUGUGUGUCUGUCCGUAUGUGUAGGUGCUUUAUGUAUGUUUACAUUCCUUCCUUUUUUUGUUUGUGUGUGUGUUUUUUUUCUUUCUUAUUUAUUUUAUGUGAUCAGAGGAUAUCAGAAAAUUAUGGACAUUUCUUCACCAAACUCAUGAGAAUCUGUCAGUGCUCAUUCUGAGGGAACCAUGUUCAUAAAACCUCAUUAAAUAUUUAUCAAGCAGUCCCAUUGAAUCCCAUUAAAAAUGUAUCAGGCAUGCAUUAAUAAAUGUAUCAGAAAUGAAACAUUUGCAAAAGUAACGCUGCAACUUCAGUAUGAGGGUUUUGCGAGUUGUUAAAAACAUUAAGGGGACAAAGCAAACGUCCCUCUGUUGUAGCUGUUUGACUCAUACGUUUGAUAUUGUUUGUCUUGUGCACAAAAUGUAGCUAAACACAAGCAUUUUGAGACCCAGGAAAAAUGGGAUGUAUACUAUUUAAAUCUAGUUAAAGCAAUGUUUCACUUAGUUUAGAAACAUUUAUGAAAAUGCUUUGGUAUGACUCUAGCUUCAGCAAACUGGAGCUGCAGUAAACACACAAAUUUAGAGAAAUAAUUAAAAUGGUUGGUGUGUGCAGCUAUAAAUGUUGCACCAAGUAAAAUUUUGGUUUAAACUAAUAAUUUAAAUAUAAAGAUGUGUCAGAAUUGACAAGCAUACAGAUGAUUCAGUGAAGAUACUUCAUGUCUGUGGAUAAUCUUUAAUGAUACUCAAUAGAUGGAGAAAAUCUGACAUCUCUCAUCUUUUUUUCGGUUUCGAAAUCCAAAUGAAAAAAGAACUGCCAUACUGAGUCAGUUAAGGGCAUGCAGACCCCAGCCCUGCUACAGAGAAUGUUUUUUUGGUUGCAUGUUUCGAAUUUGUGUUUCGGCAAAAGAGCUUAAAUGAUCUGAAUCGUCUUAUUUCAAUGGGAUUACAUUUUGGUUGACAGUUUGGUGUUAAAUCAUUGCUGUAUUUACAGUAUGUGGGCCUGAGAGGGCUGGAGCCAUCUCUCAGGGCAGUCAUUUCCACCAAGGGCUAAGACCCCUAAAAAGCAGACACCCUUUCAGAAUAUUUUAGGAAAUCUUAGUCAGUUCUUGACUUUUCCCCCCCGCAUCACCUUCUUUUUGAAAUGUCUAUGCUUUGUUAUUCCUAAGCUUUUCUUAUCCAAACUGAUAAUCUAUAUGUGAAUGAAGGUCAUAUCAGGUAUCAAUCAAAUAAUUCUAAAAAAUGUCAUUCCACCACAGAGUUGCAUAUCCGAGAUCCUUAAAUGGAGGUUUGAUUGUCCCACUUUCUAGUCUGAACCAUAUUUGGGGUGAUCUGUACAGAUUAGAGUUCAUUAGGUGAAGAGUCAUGGGUCAGUUCCCACCAUAGUCCAACAGGGGGCGAUCUUUAGUCGGCAGAAAACACCGAAUCGCUAAUUGUAAUACAACAUAACAGGAAGACAUACACAACAUACACACCUGCACACACAAGGGAAACAAUUGUAGUGUGUGUUUUGAGACCAAGAGGAUGCCUGCUGGUUUAGGUUUGAUAAUCUGCUUACUCUGAUGGAAAUUGAUGACGAUGUAAUGUUUUUAUUUGUCCUCUGUUGGAUGCUGUACAGGAAUGCUCUGACAAUGUCUGGAUUCUCCUGUAAGGUGCAACAGGGGCUGUAUGAGAUGAACUUGAUAAGCAAAAAGACAAGAAAUGAUUUAGGACUGAUAUCAUGUUUUUUUACGUACUGUACAUAGCAAUUCACUUUUUUUUUUUUUUCAAAUAAAAUGCUUGUCUCAAUGAGUUUGAUUCUUUGUUCAUACAAAAAGCAAUUAUGUAUUGGAAAAGUUUUGACUGU